CUCGAAAACAGAGAGCUCCGUUCCCGUUUUCUUGUGACAGAUUAAGAAGAAUCAUCUAAAGACAACGAAAUCAACCCAAAAUCCGAAGAAGAAAUCUUCAUAUCGAGGAUUUUAAGUUUCAGAAAAGAAGGGGAGAUAUAGAGGUAUGGGACAAGAAGAAGGGGGGUCGAAAUUUGCAGGAUUUCCAUAUAAACCCUACUCGAUCCAGGUCGAUUUCAUGAAUGCCCUAUAUCAAUCAUUGGAUAAAGGCGGCGUUUCCAUGCUCGAAAGUCCCACUGGAACUGGGAAAACCUUGAGUAUCAUUUGUAGUGCUUUCCAGUGGGUGCUUGACCAGAGAAGAAAAGAGAAUUUGCAAAUAAGAGAUGAUUCUGUAGCUAAUCAGAAAAGUGAGGGUCAAGUUGGUUGUGAUGAUGAACCUGCUUGGCUGAGAAAUUUUGAUGUGAACAAAAGUAAUCAACCUCCAGAAAAGAAAAUUAAUGAGAAAAAAGAUGUAUGUCAAUCAAAAAAGAAGGGUAAGGGCAGUAACCAAGAAAGUUAUAGAGAUUUGUUUGCACGUGGUGAGGAGGAGUGCUCUCCCAUGGAUAAACUGUCUGAGAAGUUGCAAAAGAAAAAUGAUGCAGAAGAGUUGUCUGAUGAUGAGUUUUUGUUGGAAGAGUAUGAAAGUGACGAGGAAAGGGCUCUAGGUGGUGGGAAGUCAAAAAGAAAGCCUGGUGGGAUUUCUAUAUGUUCGUCAAGCGAUGAGGAAAGGGAGGAAGAUGGGACUAAUGAGAAGGAGGAGGAUGAGGGAAGGAUGAAGGUUUACUUCUGCAGUCGAACUCAUUCACAGCUUUCACAGUUCAUACAGGAAUUAAGGAAAACUGUCUUUGCAAAUGAAAUAAAUGUUGUGUGCUUGGGCUCUAGGAAGAAUCUCUGCAUCAAUGAAGAGGUUCUUAAACUAGGAAACUCGACCCGCAUUAACGAACGGUGCUUGGAUCUUCGGAAGAACAAGAAAAAUGAAACUUCAAAAAUUAAGAAUGUAGGUGCAGAUGGAAGAAGACAUCGAACCAAGGCUUCAUCUGGAUGCCCAAUGCUCAGAAAACAUCAGCUUCAGAGACAAUUUAGGUCUGAAGCAUCUCACAAUGGAGCAUUGGAUAUUGAAGAUCUUAUUCAACUUGGCAGAAGUUUAGGAACAUGUCCAUAUUAUGCCUCUCGAAGCAUGGUCCUGGGGGCAGAUCUUGUGGUUCUUCCUUAUCAAUCUCUUCUGUCAAAAUCGUCACGUGAAUCACUUGGUCUGAAUUUGAAGAACAAUAUUGUUAUAAUAGAUGAGGCUCACAACCUAGCGGACUCCCUCAUUAGCAUGUAUGAUGCAAAAAUUACUUUGUCACAGUUGGAGACUGUUCAUUUGCACAUAGAGAAGUACUUUGGAAGAUUUCGCAAUCUCUUGGGUCCUGGCAAUCGUAGACAUAUCCAAACUCUGAUGGUUAUCACUCGAGCUCUCCUUCAGUCUCUACUUGAGAAGGAUAUGGAUUAUGUAGACACUUGCAAAGAUGCUGAAAAAGCUGCUGGAUCGAUCAAUGCAUUUGAUUCCUCGAUGGCCAUUAAUGAUUUUCUAUUUUCUCUCAAUAUAGACAACAUUAACAUGAUCAAAUUGGUACAGUACAUAAAGGAAAGUAAUAUCAUCCACAAGAUCAGCGGAUAUGGAGAUAAAGUCAGCCGCUUAAACGAAGGUUUGGCACUCAAAGAUUCUUGGGAAAGUUAUGAGGAGGAAAGCUCUCUGGCUGGUUUCCAGGCACUGGUGGAUAUGUUGCUGUCACUGAUAAAUAAGGAUAGCGAUGGACGAAUAAUAAUCUCUAGGGCAAGACCAACAUGCUUCGGACAAAAAGGAGGAUACUUGAAAUAUGUCAUGCUUACAGGAGAGAAGAUUUUUUCAGAGAUUGCAGGGCAAGCACAUGCUGUCAUACUUGCUGGGGGGACUUUGCAACCCAUAGAAGAGACAAGAGAGAGACUAUUCCCAUGGUUGCCUUUAAGUGAACUACAUUUCUUUUCAUGCAAUCAUAUAGUCCCUCCUGAGAAUAUUAUGCCAGUUGCAGUUUCCUAUGGUCCUACUGGUCGGUCUUUUGAUUUUAGCUACAACUCCAGGAGCCUGCCAACAGUCAUAGAGGAGCUAGGGCUCCUGCUUUGCAAUUUGGUGACUGUGGUACCAGAGGGUAUUGUUGUGUUCUUCUCUUCAUUCGAAUAUGAAGGAAAGGUAUACGAGGCUUGGAAGAAGUCUGGCAUCCUUGAAAGGAUUAUGAAGAAAAAGCACGUCUUCAGAGAGCCUCGAAAAAACACUGAUGUAGAAAUUGUUCUCAAGCAAUACAAGGAGAUAAUCGAUACAUUGUCUAAAAGAUCUAAAGAAGACCAAGGAUCCCAUAAUGGUGCUAUACUUUUAGCCAUAGUUGGUGGAAAGAUAUCAGAAGGCAUCAACUUCAGUGACGGGAUGGGUAGAUGUAUUGUUAUGGUUGGAUUGCCCUACCCAAACCCAUCUGACAUUGAGUUGAUGGAGAGGGUGAAGCAUAUUGAAGGCUUGGGGCAGUCAAAUUCUACCAAAUACCCAGUCGAUAAUCAAUAUUAUGAUGGAGAUAUUCAGGCUGCAUUUGGCAUAUUAAGAAGUUGCAAGCACAGAGGAAAAGAAUAUUACGAGAACCUCUGUAUGAAAUCUGUUAAUCAGUCUAUUGGUAGAGCAAUAAGGCACAAAAAUGACUAUGCAGCAAUUUUGUUGGUUGACAAGCGGUAUAUAUCCGAUCCCUUGAAACGAAGCUUUUCGGACCCAACUAGCAAGCUUCCACAGUGGAUAAAAAAUCGUCUUGUUUCUGCAACUAGUAAUUAUGGAGAAGUCCAUCGGCUGCUGCAUCAAUUCUUCAGAGUAUGUCGUAAAUAGUAUUACUUGAAGUUCAAAUUUUCCACAAUGAGUCUUUUAUCUGAUUAGCCAAUGCAUUCUUGGAUCACUUGAUUCAAUUUAUACUGUCGCAGAGAUUCAAUUUAUACUGUCCCAGAGAUAUUUACAGGUGCUCAUAUAGUGUUCUUGGAAAUUUGAUAUUUGGCUGGUAGGUACUACCAUCAGUUUAACCAAGUAAAUUUGUGAAUACAGCAGCCUAGUAUAUAUAUGGAAGUUCGUUAACCAAACUCAUAGGUCAUGACUUUUGGGCUAAAUGGGCCACCAUCUCGUAUAUAAAAACCCAAUGUGCAAGUAGGCCCAUUAACUUGUGCUCCCCAGGAUCAUUACUUUUCCUUCCACGUGGGAUCCCCUGGCAGGCUAGCACAUAUAUUCAUCAAUAUCGGGCGUCUCAUUCGACCCUUCAAAUAUGGCCAGUAAGCCACAUUGGGCCUCAAAUUUGUGUGAUCUGUUUGGGCAUGGUGUAGCCUCUCCCAUGAAGAAUACUGGAGCUCAAGGCCUGCCUUUUUUUUCCAAUUCUUUUCAUUCAUAUGUUGUUUAUGUAUUUGAGAUUUGUCUCUCAAUGGAUAUUGUCCAUCAAUGGAGUUGAUGGGAUUUGAAUUGUCUCUGAUCUUCUUAACUAUUGGUCGAAUAUCUGUGGACAACGGUUGUUUUCGCUGUCGCGUUUAUUGUGUUGUUUAGGUUAUCAAUUAUUGUAUUUGCUUGUAUCGAUGUAACCUAUGUUUCUU